AUGGACGUCCCUGCAGACCCAACUCGUGGUCUUCCUCCUCCCUCUUCUAUUUCCCACUCGUUUCAAUGCUUAUCUCUGGUACCUGGCCAACUCACUAUCUCCUUCUCAAGGCUUCUCAUAUCCCUUCAUACCCUUUCUUCUUCGACAGCUGUACGAAAGACACCGACGAUGGUUCUUGAAGUUGACGGCAUGUCACUUCCAAAUACUGAUCAACGACUUCAUGCCUUAGGUUACAAGAGCGAGUUCCGACGGGAUAUGUCGCUCUUCGGGGUUCUGGGAAUCUCAUUCUGUGCUAUCGGAAUCCUCACCGGAAUGAGCAGUGCCCUCCAGACAGGACUGUUCUCUGGUGGCCCAUUUGGAUUAUUCUGGGGUUGGAACAUUUGCAGUCUAUCCAUGUUCUUGAUUGCUUUGUUGUUGGCUGAAAUAUAUAGCGCAUAG